AUGGCCGACUCACACGAUCACCACCAUGUCCACCAGCAUGACCAUGCUGGAGAUCAUGCUCAUAAUGGGAAAAUCCCGAUAGACGCAGCAUCUUUUACGGAAGUCAAUAGGGCGCAUUGGAAUAAAUUCGCUGCUUCAUAUACGUCCGAACAGUGGCAAAAAGAUCUCGUCAACCAUGUCAAUGCUUUCAUUUUGACGAACAUAUCCUGGAUCGGUGUCGACUUCAUCGACCCUGCCACCGCCUUCGAGAAGGACAACGACCCAGCCAAGACAGUCAGGAUCCUUGACUAUGCCUGUGGCCCUGGCACAAUCACACACGCCCUCGCCGGCCGCGCGACCGAGUACAUCGGCCUGGACCUCAGCGAAAACAUGGUCAAGGCCUACAACCUCCGCUUCAAUCCAGAUUCGGACCAAUGUGCUGCAAAUCCACUGGAGGAUCAAGGAGAAGAGGAGAAGCUGAAUGCUCACGCCGAGGUGGGCAAUCUCUUGGACCCAGCCGGCACGCCGCCCGCAUUCGACGAUCCCAAGUACAAGGAUUUCGACCUUGUGGUCGUCGGUCUGGGAUUCCAUCAUUUCAGGGACCUGGAUCUGACCAUGUCACGGCUUCUUGAACGGCUGAGGCCCGGCGGUGUCUUCCUCAUUGUUGACUUCGUCUCACAUGACGCUAUGAAGGCAGACGAUGGCAAUCCUGCCGCACCCACGGUCGCACACAAUGGCUUCAGUGAGCAGCGUCUGAAGCAGAUCUUCGAAGGGGCCGGGUUGACGGAGUUCGGAAUGCGGGUCUUUGGUGAAAAGGUGAUGCUGAGGGGGCUGAAUCCCAGAGAGUUAUUGCUUGCAAAGGGCCGCAAGCCGGAGGGCAAGCAGGCAGCUGUUCUUUGA